UCUCACCACAUUUUCGAGUUUCAUUCCACUCACGGCUCGUUGGUCCUGGAUUUUUAUUACUUGCAUCUCUUUCGUCCGCGAUCAGAACGAAUAAGGUCAUCGAAGUCUAUUAACAUAAUAUAUUCGUGUACUCGAAACACUGAUUCUUCAAACAAACAAUCUGUAUAAAUGUGAUUUAAAUCGUUGCAUCGUUGAUCUUUGUUCAGUUUCGGAAAUCAGAAGCAGGAUCAGGAUAGAUGGACACGUCCUCGGACUCGGAUGAGCCACAGUCACCCGGUAUCUACAGACAAAUGGCGUAUUCGGCCGCAGCUACGGCGACCGGUUACGACGACCCGACCAUCAAGUCACCGUCGUCGCGGCACUCGGACUCGUCCGGCAGUGGCAGCGCCGCGGACGAGCCCUGCGCCAAGACCGGUCAUCACAAGUUCUCCAUAGACCGCAUCCUGGGCCGGUUCAGUGGCGGCGACGCCGCUGCCACUGUCCACGACCAGUGCAUCGACACGUUGCCGGACCCUGGGAAAUCGCACCGAAACGAAUUGACAUUGGCCGGUGCAGACAGUAUUACUGAACUGAAUGGCCACAACUUUCCUUAUUCGUCAUUGCUGUACGGUGGGUGGUUUGCUGCUGCGGCUGCCGCAGCAGUGACAAACAAAACACCACCAUCCCAUUUAUUUGGCCUCCAAGCUCCAAAAACGGUGGGCCGAAGAUCCAGGAAACCUGGUUUGGAUCGGAAACCUAGACAAGCGUACAGUGCAAAACAGUUGGAGAGAUUGGAGGCCGAAUUCAAAACGGACAAAUAUUUGAGCGUGAGCAAGCGCAUGGAACUGUCCAAAGCGCUGAACCUGACCGAGGUGCAGAUCAAAACGUGGUUCCAGAACCGACGGACCAAGUGGAAGAAGCAGCUGGCGUCCAAGCUGAAGAUCGCCCACCGGCACGGUUACUUCCAGCCUGUGCAGCACUACGCGUCAUUAUUCGCGCCGCACUGUUACUUCCCUGCGGCAGCCGCAGCGGCAGCGGCCGCGAGCGCCGCGUCCACCGCCGGUCCUGGUGCCGUCGUUCAAAACUUCGGUUGCGCGUUGCCACCUCCGCAGCCGACCAGGAACAUGCCGUCGACGGCGGGGCGCGAGGCCGCCGAGCUCCAGGAGCAGGUCGAAACGGAACAGAGGAGAUAGGAUGGACGAGAGCCGACGACGUCAUUGUUCCCCGGGAUAUGCGGUCGACGCGCGUCUGCCCUGCCACGUGCAGGUACAGCUGAAAUCGUUCGCGGGCGUUAUUAUAGUGUUUAGUAGGUACCAUGAUAAACCCGUCAUUAUGUGUGUACGCUAGGGUGACCACACAUCCCGUUCAAUACGGGAUCGUUCCUAUAUUAUGAUUGUAAUGUCCCGAUGUUCCGACAAAAUACAAACGAAACUCUUUUCAUCCCGUUUUUUCCGUAUAUUAUUACAUUGUAUUUGUAAAUGAGAAAAAUUGUAAAUUUCUGAAACAAAUAUAAAACACUUUUAUACCAGAGAAAGAUUGAAAAGUGUAAAAAAAGGAUUAUCAAAUUCAUGAAUAAUGAAGAUAGCUGAUGAAAUAUUUUUUUUAUUUAUAGCUAAAAAAAAUAAAUAAGUAAUGAUGUGUGACAAUGUACCUACUGUUAAAUACUUCAAUAAUAUAAAGUAAAUUAUUUAAUUGUAAGUAAAAAGCAGUCUUAUAAUUUUUAAAAAUAAAUGUAUUAAAUUUGUAGUUAUCAAGAUUAUGUUUUGAAAUGCAAUUUUUUUUUUUUGGUGGGGGGAGGGGAGUAACAACUGUCCCGGUUUUUUCUUUCUGAAAAUGGUCACCCUAGUGGUUGCGCUAUUAUGCUUACUCCCAUCGGAUCCGGCAGAUCUUGUAUGGUCAGUGACAGCUCGAAGUUGGUUUUUCAAUGAAGCAGUUAUGUAUGGAGUACCCAUUCCAAGUAAUUGAACUCAUAAAUAUUAAAAUUAACGGAUACCCGAACAAAAUAAUAUAUAUUAAUGUUUUAUGUCAAAUGUGAACAAAUUAUGUACGAAACUUUUCUAUCGCACAACACUAACUACCCGCCACAUUUUAGUCAUGGAGCAGCUGCUUUAAUAAAACCUGCAUCACGCCACCACUGAUCGUAGUACAUAAUGAUGACGUUCAUUUUUUAUGAAACAAUAAACAAACCAUCUUCAACGACACAGGGGCGUCUUUUGUCGGAUCCCGUUAGUAUAUAAUAUUAUUGCAAAUUACAAUCUUCACAGUUAUAACAUUAUGUUCACCGCUUUUUGUACAUCACAGCUAUGUAAAAUAAUAAUUUAGAGAAAGAAACAACGGUUAGACAAAUAAAUAAGAUACCUACACAUUUUUAACAUGUGAAACAAAUCAAAGUACAUUUUAAUUUUUAACAGUGUGUGUUUUUAAAUACGAGCAAUGGAAUACUUAUUUUUUAUUAUGAAUGUAAUAAUUAUCAUUUUUUUUUUUUUUUUUACGGCUAUUGUUGCUAAUAAUUUUUACAACCCCAAUGAACAUCAUUAAAAACGAUUUCUACUGUAUAUUAAAUCAUAUUUGUAUAACUAUGUACCUACUUUUGCUUGUAAAUAUUAUUCAAUUAUACGUGUACACUUUGUAUAUUAGUCAA